UAAGGAAACCUGGCUCCGCCGAGUUGCUGGGCGGAGAUAUGGAGGUGGGGAUUGCAGUGGCGACUGCUGUGACGAGGAGCGUGGUGUCGAAGCUCCUAACAGUUAUAGAGAAGAGGUGGAGGGAGUUGAAGGACCUUGAGGAUGACAUCGGGUUCUUGCAUAGAGAGCUUACCAUGAUUUCUGGUUCCAUGGAGGUUCAGAUCUCACACAAGGGGCAGCCUAGUGCUGUGGAGAUCAUAUCUAUGGAGGACUUCCGUGAUCUGGCACAUAACAUCGAGGAUUGCCUAGACCGGUUCCUUCCUUGCGGUUCAUGCGAGGGGGAAUCGAUCCGCGAUGCGAAGAAGUUCUGUGCCGAGAUCGUGAGGCUCAAGCGGCGGCUGGACGAGGCACAUCAGCGGAGAGAAAGACAUAGCAUCCACAGCCAAGCCUCCGCCGAUGCCGUAUCCAAGGCCAACCAUAGUAAUCCGGAGAAGGAUACGGGCACACAUGGAGCUUGUCCCGCGGUGGGCAUGGAGGAACCAAAGCAGGAGCUUUGGGAGUCAUUGUUUGGUGGCCAAGCAAGCAAGCUGAGGGUGAUAUCCAUCGUGGGAUUCGGGGGCUCGGGCAAGACGGCACUCGCAUGGGAAGUGUAUAACUGCCCUCAGGUCACCAAGCAGUUCAGUUGCCGUGCCUGGGCUGUGGCGUCCAACCACAACGACGACGCUACGACGGAGAGGCUCCUGACGGCCAUACUAGAGGGUCUUGACGGAGAAGCAGCACAACCCGUGCCACAGAAACUCCGGCAACUCCAACAAUGUAUUACUCGUCUUCUCGAAACUAAGAGGUGUUUAAUUGUCAUUGAUGACAUCAAGAUGGAGUUCUGGACCAAAAUAAAACACAUCUUCCCAGAGAAGACAGAAAGCAGAAUACUAGUGACCACAGCUGUGACCUCAGUAGCAAAUGCCUGCAGCUUGCCUGAUGGUUAUGUUUACAGUAUGAGAUCUCUUAGUGCGAAACAGUCAAAGGACUAUAUUGAGCAGAAGGUUUUUGUCGAUCAAUCCACACCUGACUUGCAGAGGGGUUCAACUGCAAUCGUGGACAAAUGUGAUGGUCACCCACUUGCUCUUGUUAGUGUUGCCAAAGCUUUGCAAGAUCACAAUGUGUUGACAGGAGUUCACUGUGAAGAAAUAAGCAAUAACCUAUGUUCCCGUAUGGAUGUGAACAAGAAUGGUCACUUCACAAAACUGCGACAAGUUCUUAUGAAUAAUUACAGCAGUCUACCUGACAAUUCUUUCAGGGCAUGCUUACAAUACACAAGUAUAUUCCCAAAUGAUCGUCCCUUCAGCAUGAACAGUCUUAUCAGGCGAUUGUCAGCCGAAGGGUACAUAGAGGGUAAACAUGAACGCAGUGACCUGGAAGUUGCCUAUGACAACAUGGAAGAACUAAUCGACCGGAAUAUAAUUCAGCGUGUAGAUGCAAGCAACAAUGCGAAAGUGAAGACAUGCAGACCUCACAAAAUCAUGAACCAGUUCAUGCUGCACAAGUCCAGGUCUUCGGAUUUCAUUUCUACAUCUUUUGGUGAUAAGAACCGAAUUAAUUGCCGUCACCUAGUUAUCCAGAAUCACAGGAAUGGUAUCAGUACCUGUCGAGCAACAAGUGGUAAGGGCAAGCAGCUGCGUCCUCGGUCUCUAACAGUCUUUGGGAGUGCAGGAAAAGCCAUUUCAGAUUUGAAGAAUUGUGAACUGCUGAGAGUGUUGGAUCUGAAAGAAUGCAAUGAUUUGAAGGACCAACAUCUCGAGGACAUAUACAAGCUGUUGCAUCUAAAAUAUCUGACCCUCGGAAGUUCUGUUAGCCAACCUUUAGAUGGAAUGGAAAAGCUACAUUAUUUAGAGACACUGGACUUGAGGAAGAGGAAAACAGAGACACUACCUGUGGAAGUCAUCAGUCUGCCCCACCUAGUACAUGUGUUCGGAAAGAUUAAGCUAAAGAAGUUGGAUAGCAAGAAGCUUAACAAGUUCCUGUCAGGAGAAUGUAACUUGGAGACUCUAGCAGGAGUUAUUGUAGACAGCAACUCUGGAUUCCCAGAACUGAUGAUUCAUAUGAAACAACUGACAAAGGUCAAGAUAUGGUGUGAGCCCACUGUCACAGAUAACAAUAAGAUACUGGAUCCACUUUCAGUCGCCAUUCAAAAGUUUAUUAAGGCUAGAAUAGAUACCCCAGUAGGUGCCCGUCGUCGUCUAUCACUUCAUUUGAACCAUUAUUCUAAAAGUUUACUGCAAUGUCUAGACAAAGCAAAUGCAACGUCGACAGUUUCUGGUAACCUUAGCUCACUGAAGAUGCAAGGCGUCCUGAGACAGUUCCCUCAGUUUGUCAUAUCCCAGAGUGGUCUCCGGGAGCUGUGCCUUACAUCUACUAAUCUGACGGCAGCUGAUCUUCUAAAAAAUCUGCGUAAGCUACGGUACUUGGUUUAUCUCAAGCUGGUUGAAGCCAGCCUUACAGGUUUUUGGAUACAAGAUGGAGAUUUCCUAAUUCUGCAACGCCUGUGCCUUGUGGUGGAAAAACCCACAUUCCCCACCAUCGAGAAAGGAGCUUUGACGAGACUCACUUCCAUGCAGUUGCUCUGUAAAGGUCUAGUAGGUCUUUGUGACAUCAAAAUAGAAUAUCUCAGAGAUAUUCAAGAAAUCGCGCUGGAUUCUAUGGUCAGUUGCGAAACCAUAAAAGUCUGGGAGAAUGAAGCUAAGAAGCACCCCAAGAGGCCGAGGAUUUUGUUGCUCAAGAGGGUCGUUGAUCCAGCCGAAACUAUGCCUUCGGGGAAAUAUGUUUCCUCAUGCCAAGUCAACAACAAUUGCUACAGCAACACAUGUGCUAUCCAUCAAAUGGAAAUUGAACUUGACAGCCUCAGUCUGCAGCAGAAGGGCCAUGGGUCUGAUCAAUUCCAAGCUGGCCAAAAGCGACCUCGGCCGCCUCAUUUUCCUGGAAGCGCGGGUUGAUAAAUCCAAGUUGGUAAUGGAGCAGGAUCAGACGUUGAAGAUAUAAAUUUAACGCGGUAGAUGUGAAGCCCGGCUCUAUCGUCCAUUCAGCGGGCACAAAGGUUACCAACUUAGCAUUGAUAAGCGCCAACAUAAGCAAGGAGGUGCGGCACAGGGACAGGGGGCUGGUCAUCUCUUUUCUCACGUCGUCCAGUCAAUUUAAUUACUGAAUAAAUUUCCACCAAGUAGCUUGACAGAUGCCUCUGUCCAUGUGAUGCAGGUACCGUAAAAGAGCUCAUGCAUUUUUGGAAUUGAAAAGCAGCACUCAUGACAUCAGACUUCGCAUGAAACAAAUAUAUCCAACUGACACAUGAGUAUAAAUGGGGAAAACAAGUCCUCCGACAAACUCGGGUGCAGGAAUUCUAUGGGUGACUUUGAUACAUGAGUAUAAAUGGGGAAAACAAGUCCUUUGCCCAGGAGCUCUUUUACGGUACCCACAAGUAAAUAUGAGCCGUCCAUUUACUCUGAUCUGAUGGGUAGAAUUGUUUGGUACUACAAUAUAGAUACCUGGGAGAACCGCAACCAAUAGUCCGGGAGUACCUUCAUUGCAAGGGUUAAUUGGUAAUCCAGACCAGCUGUUAAUUUGGUAUUAUGUGAGGGUGUCAUUUUAUUCCCCACUAAUUGCGGGAUGUGAUUGACGAACCAGCCGGAUAUCUUGACCAGGAUUUGCACAUACAAUGCGCCGAUGCAUCGGGAGGAUUUGUUAGCAUGCUCGAACUAAGAACCAGAGAUGCACAAUAAUUAAUAAUUAAGGUCGCGUUAGGCAGUCCACCGCUCCUUCAAAUCCUAGAAUCUACGGAGCAACUGUUAGCUCGCUCCAUGGAUUAUAACUCCAGCUACGUUCGCUCCAGAAGCGGAGUGGAGGGACACCGACCGCGCCCUAAAUUGCAAGAUCAGAACUCCGGAGAUGCAACUGCCGACUGUUUAGCCGAAUACUCAGAUAAGGCGUGUUGGAUGAAUGGAAAAAGAUGGAGUGGAAAGAAGACCACGACUACUAAAAGGAAGAGGUUUGCCAUCGGGAGUAAGAACAUUAACAGGCGAAUCAAGAGGUUGAAGGGAAGACAGCACAGAAGAAUCAGAAGACAUAUGAAAGGAGGCUCCAGAAUCCAGAACCCACAAAGAUGUACCUGACUGAGUAGAUGCCUGCGGUGAUGGAGAAGUGGAUGCAAUUACAGCAGCAGUGGAACCAGUCGACGAAGAGCCUGAGGAAGCCAAGAGACGCUUGAGCCUCACAAUGUCCUGAUCGGUGAGUGACGGAGUCGAGGAAGAUCCAGGAGUCCCACUGGAAGAGGAGCGCCUCUGGUCUCGCUUCUUCUCACGGCAAUCAGACUCUGGAUGACCUGGCCGAGAGCAGUAGCCACAGAAGGUGUCACGUCGCGACCGGCCCUUCUCAGUAUAAGCAGGGCGACCCACCCCCUUGAAGGCGUGGGUAGGAGCGGUGGAGUAGUGAGCCGAGCUGACGACACUGGAGCCCAAGCAGCCAAUACAGACGGGACCACCAGCAAACCGGUAGAGCGAAGGCGGGUUUCCCCAGCACGAAGCUCGGCAAGCACCUCCGAGAUAAGAACACGACCACGAGCAAGCAAGUGAGCACGUCUGG